GUUCUUUGCCACAGCUCGAUGCAGGAGCAAAGGGAUGCAGUGCCCAUGGACAUCAACUUCCAUCCUGAGAACCAGAACAUCAUGACCGACAUAGGCAAUCGUGAAGCUCAGCACUACAACGACUUCGCAGACCGAACUCGGCAACUUGCAAAAUCUUCUCAAAUGGUGGUCCACUACCAAGAUUCCCAAGGAAAAGCUCGUAUCAAGGGUGGAACAGACUUGAAAUCAAGUCAAGCAUAUCCGAAACGGUUUGGCACUGCCUAUGCCAGGGUCCGGUCAAGGUUCCUGAAGUCCAAGAAGCGCAGUGCCAAUGCUUUCCUGCGGCGGGCUUUGCGAGGGUCUGACCGUGCAAACAAUACCCUGAGAGUGAACAGGUUGUGGAUAAAGCAUUCCAAUCUGGAACCGGUCCUUGAUUUUUUGAUGAAACGAUGA